CGACUACCCCGCAUUCCCCGCAACACGCUAGCCUAUACCUAGGCGAACACACUUUCUCCGUUUACCAUGGUCAAAAUGCACUCGGAACCGACUGUGCGCCACGAAGCGCUCGACACGACCUUCAUCGGUGUUGAACAUACCUUGUCAACUUCAGCAGCGCCAAUACACCAGUUCCGAGGCAUCAAGUACGCGACCAUUCCCGGCCGUUGGAGGCAGUCCAAGCUCUUCACGACCUAUGAACCCGGCACAAAUGCUACUAAAUACGGGCCAAUAUGCCCACAAACCCCAUACCACUCCCUCCCUGAAGGGCUGUCGCACGCGACGCAGCCCGUCUCGGACGAGUUCAACUGUUUGAACCUCAACAUCACCUGCCCAGGAAACCUGCUGCCCACGUCCCGAGUACCAGUUAUGGUUUGGGUGCAUGGUGGCGGCAAGCAAGGUUCCGGCUCCGCAUGGAUAUAUGAUGCGGGCUCCAUUGUUCAGAGGAGCAUCGCGCAAGAGAAACCGGUCAUCGUGAUUACGUUCAAUUACCGUCUCGGCAUCCUCGGAUCUGCUGCCAGCAUCGCGCUCCAGUCAGACAAUACGGAGACAGGAGACGCUGGUGUCGGCAACUACGGCCUCCGAGAUCAACAGCGCGCGUUCGAGUGGGUUCGCAACUUCAUCCUCGAAUUUGGUGGCGACCCAACGAACAUCACCGCCUUCGGCGAGUCUACCGGCGCCUCCGACAUCCUCUGCCACCUCCGCUCCGCUGAGAACGCCGCGCAUCCACUUUUCGCGCGCGCGAUCGUCCAGUCGCCCCUGGGCUCUAUCGAACACGACACACUGGACAUCGGCGCUGCCGGCUACCACCUCGCGAAGCUGAUGCGCCUCGUCAACGCCUCCACCGUUGAAGAGCUCCGAGCGGCCGACGUGCAGAAGCUCGUCCGGUUCUCCACCUGGCAGAACUUCCGCGCGACCGACGACGGUGUGUUCUUCCUCAAGGGCUGGAAGGACGCCGCGAACGUCGUCGAGGGGAACCUUAGCACCCACCGCCGACGGUCCACGGAGAGCGGCGGCGCCGUGGGCGUUGUCGCCGGUUACUUCUCCCGCGACGCGAUCCACGCCGCCGAACUGUACCGGCACCAGUCCGAAGGGCACCGACACGGCACGGCGACCACCCCCGGCUCUCCCCCAGGCCCCGGCUCGAUACACGGUCUACCGAUCCACCAGUCGCUCAUCAUCGGCGACUGCUCCUCGUCCAAUCUCCUCUACUCGCUCCCGGCCUCGCUUUGGGACGCCCCGAGCACCGUCCGGCGGAUCAAAGCCGUAUGCCAGAGCAUGCGCGCCGCGUCGACGCUCAUGCGCGUGUACGACAUCUCGACCCAUACCGAAGAAGAGGACGACCUGCCCGAACGCGUCAUCGACCUCCUCGGCGACGCGCGGUUCGCCUGGCCGACCGACUGCGCGUACGAGACGCUCCGCCGAUGCGCCGCGCACGGCGUGAAGGUCUACCGGUACAUGUUCGACGAGGAAGCGCCGCCCAAGGCCGCCUCCGCCGGCGUGCCCCGAUACGCGCCCGACCUCGCCUUCCUCUUCGACCCGGCCCCGCACCCGGACUCGCCGCCCCCGACGCGCUCCGAGACGAGCGGCCGGCCGCUGAAGGAUUACUACCCGGACCUCCCGCCGGACGAAGACGAGGAGGAGGAAGACGACUUUGACGACGGCGGCUGCUGGGAAUACGACGCGCCCGGCGACCUCGACGCGGACGAGUGGGAGUUCCAGAAGAUCCGGAACGCGAUGCAGGAGCGCUGGAUCGCGUUCGCGCACGGGGAGAACCCGUGGCGGGAGGAUCGGAUAUACGUGUUCGGCCCGGACGGAGAGACGGGCGAACGGAGCAGCAGCAUCGUCGAGACGAGGAGGCGGAGGCGCGCGUGGAAAGAGGCGUUUGAGCCGCUCGGCCUGAAGGCCGUCCAGAAGCUCGGAACGGAGCUGAGCAGCGGGCCGCUAAUGGCGAUGUCAUAGUCGACAAUCUCCUACGGAAAGAGACAGAUCGUCACUAAAAUGCGUAUGAACAUCUUCGCGCUGUUGUUUGUUGUAUCUAUUGCAUGUUUUCUGGUUAGGCUUACGGGACGUACAUUACAAGCUAGUUAGUAACGCGUUGUGUUAUAUAUAUUGUCAUUGCAGACAUACCUGUAACUCGCAGUUGACAGGGUCCUCGAAUAUCAAUCGU